AUGUCCGAUUAUAUAAAUAAAUUUGGUAAAGGAAUUCCGUAUCGUGAAGGGAAUCCAAUUCAACUUCUAAAAUAUAUCAAGAAUGAAAGAAAUCCUAACGAAUACGGAAAAAUUGUAUUAAACGACGAAGCCAUAAAUAUCAUUAAUUCGAUAGAAGAACCCAUUUCUGUCAUUGUCGUUGUGGGUUCAUAUCGUAGAGGGAAAUCAUGGUUCGCGAAUUUAUUGCUCGGUAGACAUAAUGGAUUUCUUUUAGGUUCGACAGUGGAUGGAUGUACCCAAGGAAUAUAUAUGUGGGAUCAACCAUUCUACCAUGAGGGAAAACGGAUUAUCGUGUUAGAUUGUGAAGGGAUCGACGAUCCCAAACAAAAUCAACAAUGGGCGAUAAGAUUAUUCGUAUUAUGUUUAACGAUAUCUUCAACAUUCAUUUAUAAUUUAAAUGGUGUUGUUGGUAGGGAGGACAUAGGGAAGCUAUUUUUGAUGUCCCAUUUAACAAAAUAUAUUCAACCUCCUCCCGAUUAUCAAUUUUUACCCAGAAUGGUGGUAUUACUUAGGGAUUUCAUGUUACAAAAUCCCGAUGAUUUUAGGGAUUACUUUUUAAAUAGGUUGAGUCAGGUUAAUGAGCAAGCGGCAGAAGGGAUUAAAAAAUAUUUCUCCCACUUUGACGUGUUUGCUCUACCGAUGCCAGCGGCAGACCGUACUCAAUUACAAAACUUGGAUAAGGUAUCAACGUCAGAUUUGCAAUCGGAAUUCGUCGAGGAAGCCACUAUUUCGAUUAAUAAGAUUUUAUCUACCUCGGCACCAAAGUACAUCGGUUCAUCUACCAUGUCAGGGGUGCCAUUCACGAAAUUCCUUCAAGAGUGCGUCAAUAAAUUAAACGAUACAUCUGAAACUUCAAAUUUUCAUUUAUCGAUUCCGGAUGAAUACGAAUCGAUUAUUGAAUACAUUGCUCACAAAUCCAUUGAUCAUUGCGUUCAAAUGUACGUAACGAGCAUGAAAUCCUUGUUACGAUCCGGGAACGACCAUGAUGAAAAUGUGCAGCACGUCGAAGUAUUUAAUUGGACCGACUUUCAUGAAGUUCACCUAAAUGUUUUUAAUCAAGUUGAAACAGAAUUUUUCAAAAGGAUUAUCGGAGAUGAAAUUCAGAUAAAGAAUUAUGAACGCGAUUUAAAUAAAUUGAUCGGGAGAGAAUUUGAAGAAUUUCGUAGAAUAAAUUCCGAAUCUUUAUACGAGUUGAACAUAGAAUUGGCUAAAGGAUUAUGGGAUAGAAACGUAAAGGUUGGUCUCGACAAAGAUAACCGCUUUGAGUCCCAAGAAGAUUUCGAUAAUGCGAUCGCAGUUUUUGAGAGAGAGGUAUUAGAUACCUUAAUAGACUGUCCGGAAACGGAAAAGAUUAUGGCAAGAUUUAAAUCUCAGGAAUAUCAAGAUGCGAUUACAAUACUAAAAUCGCUCGGAAUUCUCAAAGGCGAAUUGGCAGAUCAAAUCAAAUCAAUGCAAGAAACUGAACAACGAUACUUGGAAUCUUCGACAAAACCUCAAGAAUACCCUGUAACACUUCAUAAUUCAACAUUAAAUGGACAACUCUUAACAUCAUUAUUACCAUGGCAAACCAUUUCAUAUUUACAAUAUUUUAGACACAGUGGUAGGUUUACAUUUCGUUAUGAAGGAAUCUCCAAGCUUGAAUCAUUAAAUGAUUUGUUGGUUCAUUUAUCUCGUAAUCGGAAUGAAUAUUUGAUUUCGGGAAAUACAAUGAAAAAUCCUGGAUCGGUUUAUAGGUUUAAACUACCGACGAUUUGUUCAAUUUGUCAUGAAGUUGGUCAUGAACCUGAAAAUUGUAACGUUAUCGAUAUAAUUCUCUCGAGAAGAAUGUUAAAUCAUCAAGAGAUUGAUGUUAUGAUCAAUCGUAUCUUAGAAUUUAAUCGUCCUAUAAGGAAAAUUUCUCUGAGGUUUAAUCAAGUUGGUAAUGAAGGAGCGAAAUCUAUUGCGAAACUCAUUGAACAAAAUAAUUCUCUUACCGAAUUGAACUUAGGUGAUACCAAGAUUAAUGAUGAUGGUAUUUUAUUAAUCGUUGAAGCUUUAAAGAAAAAUCGUUCUAUAAAAAAAUUGAUUUUGGAAAAUAAUGACAUUGGUGAUAAAGGUUUAUCUGCUAUCGCGGAUUUAUUAAAGAUAAAUAAGGUUUUAAAAAAUAUUGAUCUGUCUCAAUUAAAUUCUGAGGUUUCUCUCGAAUUCUUGAAAAAACUAGAUGAAGCUUUAUUACACAACACCAAUUUAGUUUACGUUAAUUUCAAUACUAAAGGUUUACAUUUACAACCCGGUGUGAACUUUUCAAAAUUCGAUUCGCUGUAUUUACUAAAAUCCUCUCAUCGAGUUUCGAUCCCUGCUCAUUUAGACGGAAGGAAAAUUCAAUUGUAUUCAAGCAUUUUAAAUUACUUUCAUCAAAAUCGUAUAUUUGAUUCAUUCUCAACGGUCUCUAUGAUUGAAUUAAUGAGUAAGGCGAGAAUUUUAUUAUUAAAUAAUCUCAACUCUAAUGUUUUAGUAAAAGUUCCUUCUGAGGUUUGGAUACAAAUAUUUAGAGAUUUUGGUGAAGAAAAAGGGUUAUCUAAAAGACAUGUUGAUAUGAUCGUCAAGUAUUCUAGUACUAGAUCUACCCUUUCUAAAGAUGUGACCGAACGAAAAUUUUUAGAAUCAGUUUAUACAAACAAAUUUGUUUCGGAAUAA